GCCUAGUUAUAAGUAUUUUUAGUUAUGUAGUAUACCAAUAUUGUAUUCACAAAACAUGAACGUCAAUAGCAAAGUCACUGAAGCUUUAAGGAUACUACGCACUUUACGUAACUAGACAGUAGUCACAGUAAUGGCGUCUGUGCUAGAGAAGCUCUGUGGUCUAUCAACAUGAAGCGAAGGAGGGGUUCCUUGUAGUAAUUUCAGGCCUUUAACUAGGUUUCUUUAAGCAGGCUAUAUACCAAUAGCAGCGGUCGUCUCAAGAGACUCGAAUUUUAAUUUUCUCUAACGAAAUGAUGAAGUUGAAGUCGAACCAGACUCGCACCUACGACGGAGAUGGCUACAAGAAACGCGCCGCCUGUCUGUGCUUCAGAAGUGAGAGUGAGGAGGAGGUGUUGCUAGUAAGCAGCAGUCGACAUCCAGACAAGUGGAUUGUCCCUGGCGGGGGAAUGGAACCAGAAGAAGAGCCCAGUGUGGCUGCAGUUCGGGAAGUGUGUGAGGAGGCUGGAGUCAAGGGGACAUUAGGCCGAUUAGUAGGAAUUUUUGAGAACCGAGACAGGAAGCAUAGAACAUACGUCUACGUUCUCGUCGUAACAGAGGUCUUGGAGGAUUGGGAGGACUCUGUAAAUAUUGGGAGAAAAAGGGAAUGGUUCAAAACAGACGACGCCCGACGCGUGUUGCAGUGCCACAAGCCUGUUCAAGCCUCCUACUUUGAGGCCCUUCAGCAGGACUGCCUGACCAGCAAUGGGACAACCCUCGUAGCCACCUACAACAUCAAUCAGAGCUCCCUCUCGGGUAUCAGAUAACUAAUACAACAACAGCAACAAGCACAAUAGCAAACAACAAAACAACAAGAAAACUUCAGGAGAGGCCUCCAAUUCUCUUCUUUUUUCUUUUUUUUCUUUUUCUUAUUUAGUCCAGUUUGGCUCUCUCCUCGUCUUCUUUCUUCUCCUGCUCUUCAUACUGCUAGUGCUACUUCCUAUUCUGUUUCUUAAAAAAAAUGAAAAAAAACUUCAAGUACACACUGAGUACAACACCAACAGCAAAAGAUGUUUGCCUUGCCAGCCUCCUGGUGCCAGAGUGAACGUACUGACUUCGUGCUGGACGAAGACGUUAUAACUUUGUAAAUGGAAUGUUAAGAAUUUUUUUCUUGCCCUUUUUCCUUCUUAUGAAUAAUUGCAUGAAAUGUCCCACUUCCCCCAUCCUCUUUAACCCCUCCCGACCUCGUCCCAAACGCAAGGUUUGUUGAAUGCAACUUCUGUGUUACUGUCGUGUUAUAAAGUAGUGGUAUGAACCUAAUGCGUUAUGAAGAUACUUUUAUAGGGUCUUUUAAAACAUUUUAUGUUCUUUUUUUCUAUUGUUUUUCCUCUGUCAUCUCCUGUAGAUAUGCUCUUCAUAUGUCUGAGUGAAUGGGUUCCUGGGGAAGUGUUUUAUUUUUUUGUUGUUGUUGCAUGAGCACGGGUAUUCAAUUGUCUUACCUUAAAAAAAAGCAAGUCUUAUAUUUGCAGUAUGUGAUUGGAGAGAAAAUAAGAUUAUUGUGCACAUGUAAUUGCUCUGAUUUGAUGCUAAUUGGACAUUUACAGUUGAAUUGAAAGUAGUAGAGGGUAAUUUUCCUUUUGUUCUAAACCCUCUCGAAAUUUAUUGUUGACUCUAAACUUGGCUCUUGCUGUGAAAGUGAAGUCGCAAAUAUCUGAUCCAUGCCCUGUUUUUUGGUAAAAGUCACGUCAGUCCCUCAGCAGUUGUCACUAUUACAGUAUUAUUCAAUCACAGUGUACACUUUUGUAUUGAGGAGGGUGCAAAAUAAUUGUUCAUUAAAUUAAACUAAUUCUUCUUUAGCUUUGAAGGGUUUCAGAAUCCCAUGCACCGAAAUACAAAUGUCCACAGUGGUAUUACUAAGGCUCCUCACUGUUUUUUUAUUUUAUUUUAUUUUAUUUUUUAUAUAUAUGGUCGUUAGACAUGCAAAAUAACGCAUAGGAGGAGUAAUGAUUUGAUAUAGUAUAGAUGCAUAAUUUCUACCCUGACCAUUUGCGUCAUUAUUAAUUUGUUGGCUUAAACCCAUUAAUCCAGCUCACUUUUUUUCUUUCUUUUUUGCUCUAAUUCCUUUAAAGGUCCGUUAAGGCUUAGGUUUAUCGACUGAAGUGGUUAUAUUCAACCGGCCAUCAUUUCAAACUUUUAAACCUGUUUCAGAUCCUAAAUAUUUUUUGAGGACAACUAACAAGCAAACAAGCAAACGACAACAACAACAAAAAAAAGUGAUGAGCCUUAUGUAUCAUUCAGAUCCAUUGGUUGGUUAAGUCUAUUCCCGCGUGGGCAGGACAUAGGUGGCGCUGGGCCUGCAUGGUAUGUUUGUUGCACAGUAGUUGUUCAUACUGUAUGUUCGACUGCACCUGCUAAAACAAUGCCUCUAUAUAGUACCUACAGACCAGAGUCUUGGUCCUCACUUGAACAUCACCACCCCCCCCCCUCCCUCCCAAGUUCCUCCCUCAUCCUGUUAUUUUACUCAUGUACUUAUCUGUAGCAUAAUUAUUUAUUUAUUUUAUUAGUAUUACAAUGAUUAUGGCCGAUGAUGAAGAUUUACUUGUCUACUAUAACGUGACCACUUGGAGUGUGUGUGUGUGUGUCUGAGUGUGUGCCUGUUUUGUUUGAUGGUAUUUGUGUGUGAGAUGGUCAGUUUGUGUCUGUUCUUUGUGUGUGUGUGUGUGUGUGUGUGUGUGCGUGUGUGGCUUGGUGAGGUGACUUGUGCUCAUGCCAGGGAAACGGGUGAGAGGGCAGCCAACUCAAUGGGGCGGUGAAAGCACUCGGCUGCGUUUUUGGUCUUCUCACACGGCACAUGAUGGGGAUAGACACAGUUUGCUUUUUACGUGGUUUCAGCCAUUUUGAUAUUCAAAUCAAAUGUUUACACUGUGAUUGUAGUAGUCUCCCAUCGAACACUGGAUAUCUCUGGUUAUUUUUUGACUAGAUAAAUUUGAUCUCUUGGAAGGCACUUUUCUUAUUUUUGUCUUAACAAUAUUUCUAGGUAUUUUGUUUGUAAUUUACUUUUCUUGGUAGAUCAAAUGCUUAUGUGGACACCCUUCUCAAUCAUAAACUGAUGAAUUUGAACUAUUCCCACAAUUUACCAUAUUACAUAUUGUUUUCAUGUU